AUUUGCUUCCCCCAUUUCCUCCAACUCUAACGUUAAUUUCAAGAAAACUCCCACCCUUGAAGCCAACAUAAGAACCAAAGAUCAAGACCCAUUCCUUGAGUUUUAUCGGCGCCAGAUCGAGUUUACGAGCAGCCAAUUCAUUGGAAGCGUGAUUUUCAGUUGCUGACAAAGUUUUAUUUCCAGAAGACAAACUAAUUGCUUUCUUCUGUUUUGAGAUUCAUCGAGGGAAAUGGCUCCAAGAAAAGCCCUAAAGCGACCAAAUAUGGAGGCAAGCAAGGCAGAGAAGAAGCAUGUUGAAUUUUUUAAAAUAUUCAAUCCUGAGACCAGUAGUGAUAAAAUUAUGCUUCCUGUGGCUUGGACAAACGAGAUGGAAGGAAAGUUGCCAAACAAAGCAUUUUUAAGGGAUCGCUACGGAAACAUAUGGCAAGUGGAACUGAGUAAUGAUCAGGAUAAAACUUACUUCCAUCAGGGGUGGCCGACAUUCAUUAAACAAAAUGACUUGGAAAAGGGAGACUUUAUCAUUUUUAAGUUUGAUGGAAUUUUUGUUUUUGAUGUGAGACUUCUUGGAUGCGAUUCAUGCGACAAAAGAGGAGUUGGAAGUCUUAAAUAUAAAUUAGAGGAAGAGGAUGAACAAGAAGCACCAGUAGAUGAUAACAAGGACGCCAGUAAUGAUGUUGAUGGAAAAGAUGAGGAAACUGAUCCGGCUUUCAAUGCCCACAAUGGCUCAGAAAAUGUCAGAGGUGGGAACGGAGCAAAAAAAUCACAUUAUUCUUGGAAGAGGAACAGACUAGUCGAUCCCUUUGGCUUUGAACUUUUCAAAUACCAAAAAGUUCCGAGACCUUGGAAUCCACAUUUCGUUGCGAUUGUGCCACUUGACAUUAUUAAAGUUUACAGUCUUGAACUUCCAGCAGAAACCGUCUUACGUGACCCUCAAGGAAGGGAGUGGAAGACGAAUCUUAGCAAGUGGACAAAUGGUCUUCAAUGUUACCGCAAUGGAUGGAAGGAACUUUGUCAAGGAAAUCUUAUUGAACCAUACGAACCAUUCAUUUGUGAAUUUGUGAAGUGUGAAGAAAGAGGUCUAUACAUACAAGUGCACAUGAUUCCGGAUUAUGCAAAGGAAUAG